CAGCUACGCCGACCACCGGGGACGAUCGAGCCUGUGGCGAGAGCAUGUAAUCCCUCCUUGAACAGAACGACCAUCUUGCACGUCUUUACGCCCACACGCUGCGACUGAACACCUGAAUUCCAUAUCCGCGUACGAUUGAACGACUCGCAAUGGUGAACAUCCUUGCUGCCCUCUUGCACGCGCCCAGCGCGGCGAUCAUGGCAUGGGGCUAUAACAGCCUGCGUGGGCUGCCCAUCGACAAGUUUAUAUCCACCCAGUAUGGGGGUCAUCUGAGGUUUUUGACGAUACAAGGGCUCGCAGCAGCUUUCCUGACGAUGGUCUUGAGUCUGCUAGUGGAUCUGUUCCCUGGUGCUUCAGGUAUACGCACCAUCAAGCGAGCAGUCAUGAUGGUCUCCCUUCCUGUUUCCAUCGUUGUGUCCUCCAUAUAUUGGACCUUGCUCUCCGUCGCACCCUUCCUCCUCCUUGCUGAGGACCCAGGCGAAGCGACGCCGUCCUCAUCAUCGGAGAUGCUCGCGCUGAUGCGCAUUCCCCUCAACAUGGACCUGGCUCUCCACGCCGUCCCAGCAGUCACGCUGCUCCUCGACUUCCUGGUCUUCGAGCGCAAGUACUCCGCAGGCGCCGUUCGCUACGGCGCCCCUCUAGCAGUCGUGCUCAGCACUGUUGGCUACGGGUCCUGGGCCGAGCAUUGCGCGAAGUAUACGGAUGGCGUCUUCCCGUAUCCGUUCUUGACGGCGAGUCCCUUCUGGGGACGUGUUUGCAUAUAUGCGGGGGCUGGGGCGAUUGCCUACUAUUCCUUCCUCGGCCUCAACAAACUGCACCGUGCGUGAGCUACGCGCCAGAUGUGCAUGCGAGACAUAUUGUGAAUGUACACGUUGAAGGAUAGAAUUGUUCGGAGUAGAAACUACAGCAUAUAUAGGGCAAGCAUAUAGUCAGAUGAGAACAAUGACAUUCUUCUACCUUU